GUCACGUGACCGAUGCCGACCCGCCAAGAUGGCGGUGUCCUUCCUGGUCUCGCUGUCGCUGGUCCUGCUGCUGCUGCCGCUGCUGGGCGGGUGGAAGCGCUGGCGGCGAGGGGGCGCGGCCCGGCACGUGGUUGUCGUGGUGCUGGGCGACGUGGGUCGCAGCCCCCGCAUGCAGUACCACGCGCUGUCUCUGGCCAAGUGUGGCUUUUCCGUGACCCUGCUAGGCUUCUGCAACUCCAAACCUCAUGAUGAGCUCUUGCAGAGUAACAGAAUCCAGAUUGUGAGGCUGACAGAACUUCAGAGUCUUGCAGUUGGACCCCGACUUCUCCAGUACGGAGUGAAAGUUGUAUUUCAGGCUGUGCACUUGCUGUGGAAGUUGAUGUGGACAGAGCCAGCAGCCUUCAUCUUUCUCCAGAACCCCCCGGGCCUGCCAGCCAUUGCCGUCUGCUGGUGUGUGGGCUGCCUUUGUGGAAGCAAGCUCGUCAUCGACUGGCACAACUAUGGCUACUCCAUCAUGGGCCUGGUGCAUGGCCCCAGUCACCCGUUUGUUCUGCUGGCCAAAUGGUAUGAGAGGCUCUUCGGGCGCCUGUCCCACCUGAACUUGUGUGUGACCAAUGCCAUGCGGGAGGACCUGGCAGAGAACUGGCACAUCAGAGCUGUGACCGUCUACGACAGGCCGGCAUCUUUCUUUAAGGAGACGCCCCUGGCCCUGCAGCAUGAGCUCUUCAUGAAGCUGGGCCGCACCCAUGCUCCAUUCCAGGCCCACUUUGAAUCCGGGGACCCAGUCAUGGAGCGGUCUACCUUCACGGAGCGGGACACUCAGAGUGGGAGGGUGACACAUCUCCAUGGGCGGCCAGCCCUGCUGGUCAGCAGCACAAGCUGGACAGAGGAUGAAGAUUUCUCCAUCCUGCUGGCAGCAUUAGAAAAGUAUGAGCAGCUGACUCUCCAUGGAGGCAGUCUUCCUUCUCUGGUCUGUGUGAUAACAGGCCGAGGGCCUCUGAAGGAGCACUAUAGCCGCCUCAUCAGCCAGAAGCACUUCCAGCACAUCCAGUUCUGCACCCCGUGGCUGGAGGCCGAGGACUACCCCCUGCUUCUUGGGUCGGCGGACCUGGGUGUGUGUUUGCACACGUCCUCCAGCGGCCUGGACCUGCCCAUGAAGGUGGUGGACAUGUUCGGGAGCUGCCUGCCCGUGUGCGCCGUGAACUUCACGUGUUUACACGAGCUUGUGAAACAUGAGGAAAAUGGCCUGGUCUUUGAGGAUGCGGAGGAGCUGGCGGCUCAGCUGCAGAUGCUCUUUGCUAAGUUUCCUGAUCCUGCUGGCAAACUCAGCCGGUUCCGGAAGCAUCUCCGGGAGGCAGAGCAGCUUCAGUGGAACGAGAGCUGGAUGCGGACUGUACACCCUUUGCUCAUGGACACGUGACCCCUGGGUCCAACUAGAACCCAGGACCCCAGCCGCCCUCCCCACAGACUGUUCUCACCUGGCUGCCCAGUCCCUGGUCAAACUCUUUGGACAGUGCCUCCCAGUGGUCAUAUGUCGGAGGGAUGGGAGAUUGAGGGGGCUUUUUUCUAAUGACCAGGAGGCUGCGGUCCCUCCUGGCCUCUUUGGAGGCUGAGGCACUUCCUCUUCUGUGACCUACCCCCAGUAUGACUUUCCUGUCAUUUGCUUGUAAUUCCUCGGUGUUUUAUGUUUCCGCCGCCCCCCCAUUCCUGACGUUGUGAUCCUGCCUUGGAAACAGGCGCCCAAUGGCCCUGUGAACAGAGUGAGGUGUGGCA